CAACCUCUGCUUUGCGCGCUUGUAUUUUGUUUCCUGUUCGCAGGGAACAACAAAUUAACAACAAACAGAAGUAAAUAUCAUAAAAUGUGAGUGUACUUUAAUUAAAUAUGAUAUAAGAUUAAACCGGCGUUUUAAUGGACGCGAGCUCAAAACACUCCGCGGGACGAGAAAAGCAGGAGGGUGUGACGGCGCCCCUCAGAGGCCGACCGAUGUCUGACAGCGUGUCUCUGCCCUCUUACGCCGAAUAUCCCGCGGGACGUCCCUUCAUAAACGCACCCCUGCCCUUCACUAACAGACCCGUCAAAGCCUUUCCUGAGAGCAGCAGUGCAGCCAUUAUUUCUGCACUGAAGAACCUGCAGGAGAAGAUCCGUCAUUUGGAGCUGGAGCGAUGUGACGCACAGAAGAAACUCCAGACCAUCUCCAGAGAAUCCACACACUCGGACCACAGAGACGACGACAGACACAAAAACCACGAUCUGCUCUCUCAGCUGACUGCGGCCGAGACUCGAUGCUCGCGGUUGGAGAGACAGUUGGAGCACAUGAGGAAGACCGUGAGAAACACAGAAUCGGGCAGAACCGCUGUGCUGCGACGACAGGUGUCUCUGGAGCGUCUGGGUUCAGCGGAUCAAGCCGACGUUCAUCUGAAGCUGCAGAAGCUGGACAUGCUGGAGCAGGAGUAUCACCGGCUGACGGAGACUCAGAGCGCCGCUGAGAGGAAGAUCAGACAACUGGAGAGGAAACUACAGGAAGAGGAACAUCAGAGGAAGCUGGUGCAGGACAAAGCAGCUCAGCUGCAGACGGGUCUCGAAGCCAAUCGUCUGCUCAUCCAGUCUGUGUCUCCACAUCCACACAAAUCCAGUAGAAACAAACAGAAGAAACUCUCAGCAAAGAAACAUCCGUCGCACCCGCCGCCGCAUUACAGACUCAGUCUGGGAGACGUGCCGUUUGUGACCGGGACGUCGACAGGCUCCAGUCACUCUGUGCGAGCAAACGUCCAGCACGUCCUUCAUCUCAUGAAGCAGCAUCAUCCUCAGCUGUGUAACGAGCGAGUGCUGGGACACGCCUCCUCCACCAAUGACAGAGCUCGGCAGGCCGGCAGUAGCUCCUCCUCUUCCUCUUCCUGCGGUGAGGAGCUGUCAGAUCUGCUGCUGACGCUGCAGGACGAGUUCGGACACAUGAGCUUCGAGCAGCAGGAGUUGACCAAACAGAUCCAGUCGUGCGGUUCGGAUCGGUUACGGCAGGAUUUGGAGCGUGAGAUGGAAACUCUUGUGAAGAGGAUGGAGAAUAAAGGAGAACAGAUCGCUAAAGUCCGUCGACAUCAAACUCAGAUGGAGAAGUUGAGGCGACAGUGUCGUGAUCAGAGCGACGACGGAGGAGAGAUUAAAGUCACGACUACGGUCUCGAGUCGCGGUCGCUCCGCCGGGCCGGUGAAGGUCAAAGAGAGACCAGGCGAGCGCAGUCGGGACAGUCUGCGUCUGCUGAAAGACAUGCGAUCGCUGCAGACGUCACUGCGCAGCCAACGGCUCAGCUGGGAAUAUUGACGCACUCAUUAAAAGAAUGUCACAAAAACACACCAAGGUCAAAAGUCAGCCCAAAAUCAAAAGAAAGAAGAUUUUCAUGACAUUUCCAGUUUUGUGUUUGUUUUUUUUAAAAUGAUAUAAUAUUUUCCCCCCCCAUUUUAAUCACUCAAAUGCACAGUACAACAGAAAGAUUUUUUUUUUUUAAUUACAAAAUUGGCUUUAAAUUAUUGAAAUAAUGUCUUUUUUGUGAAAUAAGUUUUUUUCCUGAUGUUUGAUUGAUUUUGGAAAACAUUUGAUAUGAUGACCAGCUGAACUGAAUCUGAAUUUUCCCAGUGAAAGAUUCCCAGUAAAAUGCAGUUUUCAUUUGAUCUCAGCUCUUUUCAUUAGCAUUUUUCAGUUUGAUCACAUGAAGGGUUUAUUAUGUGUUAAGAAAUAUUUCCGGAGCAAAAUAACAAACAGACUGAACUUAAAAAAAAAAAAAAAUAACUAGCUGUUUCUACCUCAGAUAUCACCAAUAAUUCCUGUUUUCGUAACACUUUACAGUAAGAUCUCAUUAGUUAAUGCAUAAACAUGAACUCACAAUUAGUAAAUAUAUUUUUACAGCAUCUAUUAAUAUUAGUUUUUUUUCAUAUUUAUUUAAAUUUACAAUGCAGAUAAAACUUUUGAUUUUAAAUGUUUUUGAAUUUUUAAACUUGAAUUUUUAAACUCAAAUAUUUUUUAAAUUAACAAAUGGAACCUUACUGUAAAGUGUUACAUUUUUUAAAAUCUAAAUUAAUUUAAACUGAUUUAAACUGAGUUGUUUCAAUGAAUCAUUUCAACAUUCCAAAGCAUUCCAAUUUUUCUUUGAUAAUGUGUUAUAAUGUUUACAUAUUUCUGUUGGCAAUCAUUCUGUUUAUUCCCAUGAUGUGAGUGGUAUAUUUGAAUAUUACACAUAAAAUAUAUCAAAUGGAUUUUAUUUGAAAUGAGCAGCGAUUAUUAAAGCUGCAGUGUUUUUUAGUGUGUGUGUGUGAUACGCCGGUGCUCAGACUCUUGCUUUGUUUGAGAAUGACUUAAAUAUUUAUUUUUACAGCACUGAAUAAAAACAAAAUAAAUGA